AUGCAAAGGUGGUCGGCCAAAGAGAAGGCACAUAUACAAGUGAAACGACCGAAUGUGAUCAAGGCUUACAACCAGUUCAAAGGUGGAGUUGAUCUGCUUGAUAUGCUGGUUUCACUGUAUCGAAUCAGUAUUCGUUCAAAAAAGUAUUAUGUAAACGUUAUCUUUCACCUGAUUGUUCUUUCAAUUGUAAAUGGUGGGUUACUCUACCGCCGUCAAUGUUCUCAACUACGAUUACCGAAAAACGAAAUUCGGUCCUUAUUGGAAUUUCGUAUCGAUGUUGCUGAAGCUUUGUUGAAAACAAGUAUCCCCACACAGCCCAAACAGCGUGGUCGACCAUCUCUACGCAUUCGAUCUCAAGAAGAAAAUUCAACAGAAAAACCACGUCGUUCGUCCAUUCGACUUCCACCAAUUGUUGUUCAACAUGAUGGCGUCAACCAUUGGCCAGCUACAACGGGUAAAGGGCGCUGUCGUUUUCCCGGCUGUAGUGGUAAAUCCACGAUACUGUGUUCGAAAUGUAAAGUACGACUUUGUCUCAACACCAGAAACAAUUGCUUCAUUGCUUUUCAUCAAUGA